AUGCCGUUCUUCUUUAAUUUCCAACAAGGAACCGAAACCGGUGGGGCCGCGAAUGAUGGUACUCCGCUCCUAGGACGAUUUCGCGCUCACCCUCCUCCAAACGCUCAAAUAUCACGGCCAAGCAGCCAUAGUAAUAGAGUACUUGCAGAUGAUCUACUCCCCGAGAAUUUGCUCCGUAGUCAUGGUGUCAAUUAUGUGGCUCAAAAUAUCGAGGUUAUCAGAGAAGAUAUAUCAGAUGCCGGUAGCUUUAAAACGCCCAAUAGACUAACAAGUCUAAUGAGAGAUAUAUGGGUCGUCCCAAAGCAAGAAUCCGUAAAAAAUUUAUUAGAUAAGUGGUGGUCCCGAUGGGCAGCUUUGAUUGUACUGCCUUCUGCCCUCCCUGUAGCAUGGUGCGCUAUUCCCCUCCCUCAGUAUGAUAUCACGGAAGAUGUUAUGGGCUUAUUACUGUCCGAAAAUAACUCUUGCAUACAAAAGAAAACUGGCUACGGUACAGCAAGAGUAGAAAUUAAUUUCUGGUUAUUUUUAUUUGCAUACUAUGGCCUCUAUAACCUUACGGCACUUGUAUGGAUAACAAAGGUCUUCAAUAUGUAUAAUUUAAACUGGUGGCCUGAACGUGUUGGAUUACCUCUUACAAUCACUGCUAUAGCCGUAUUCUCAGUAAUAUUCCCGAUUCCGGCAUAUUACAUUCCAGGAUUACAUCAUAUCACAAUUCAUAAUACAGCUUGGAUUUGUUGGACCUUUUUUAAUAUGUCAAUACCGCUCAUACUUGCCAUCACAAGUCUUAUCAACCAGGAGCGUUACUCGGGUCUUCGGAAUCCCCUUUCCGAAACUCAGCGAAUCUUUUCUAAUUCCUGGUGGACUGAUGAAAUUGAUUCAAUAUCUAGACGAGCCAGCAAUCGCUACAAUAUUCUGAACCCCGGCAUUUUUCAUCCUGAAUCUCAUCCAAAUCAAACAGUAGUUUUCAACGAUUCUAGUAUACUGGUGCAUAAUCAUAAUCUAUCACUGCGAAAGAAAUGGCUUCCCGCAAGCUUCCAAAGGUUCAUCUGGUUUUGUAGCGCCCUCUUUAUUGCGAUGCUCGCGUAUGUCAUGGGUGAGGCGUAUGCCGAAAGCUACCUUAACACCUUGCCUCACUCAACUUAUCAAACCAUUAUUUAUGUCUACACAUGGGUUAUAACAGUUCAUCUCUUAGAUGGGAUUGUCGGUUGGAUACUUGGAGGUAAUAAUGGGGAGAGAGUAGGGAGCUAUCCACUAGGAUGGACAUUCAAACUAUAUUUCUCUCUUACUUAUCAGACCUAUGUUCGUGCUCUUUACGCCCGACUUCGAUCACCCGGCCAGUUUCUUGUGCUCCAAGUACUUUCUUCAUCAUCUUUUAUUAUUUUAACUCCUUUAUUCAUGUGGAAAAAAUUUCACCGUGUUCUCACUCUGCUUUUCAUGAAUAAUCAGAGCUUAGAACAAUAUCAGAAAUUUUGCACACGAAAUAUAUAUAUCCGUUCAUUAGCUGAAUCUGUUUCUAUGAUGGCUUUUUUGGGCUCAAUAUUGGUACUACACUACGGACCCAACCAGGAUGUUUAUCCAUACUUUACCUUUGACCGGGCUAUGAAUCAGAAUUCCUCAUCAUUGGGAGUCAGCAACUAUUCUCCGAACAGUAGCGGAGAUGACUAUGACUUCAGUCUCACAUUUUACGCCUCAAUAGUUACAUUUGCCUGUGAGAUAGUAGCCGCUUGGAUUGUCCGUAGAAUCGUAUGGUUUGGAUGGCACAUCAAUGUCACGGAAGAAGCAGUACAAGACCUUGCCACAUGGGCCGAGCUACUCCCUACUGUAGUCGUAGUUAUGGUGCAUGUCUUACAAAAUAUGCUAUUUUCAAUCAUAAGGUUACGAUUUUAUUGA